AUGGAGUCCAACUCAGCACGCAGCUCUAGAUGCCUCCAGGCCAUACGGAGCAGAAGUGGCACCAAGGCCAAUGUCAUUCUUCUGGUUGGCAGACUAGGCGCUGGGAAAUCCACAUUGACCGAGCUUAUCACGGGAGCCGAGGGGCUGUCAAAUGGCGGAAUCCACUCAUCGACCGAUCUGUGUCAGAUUUUCGAUACGACUAUCAGCAAGGAAGAGUACUUCAUCGUUGAUACACCUGGCUUCGAGCCUAACAACAAAGGGGAAAUAUUCCUUCAAGUUACGGAGAUGUUACAACAGCUACAACCAAACUCCAUUUUCGGUAUCUGGUACUUGGUCAACAACUAUACCAGACAAGACGGGUUUGACAGAGAGAUGGUAGCCUGGUUGACGUCUUUUUGUGGCCAGUCAUUCUGCCCAGACGUGACAAUCGUGACCACCUUUUGGACAGGGAAUGGUGCUAUGCUAAGGCAUCAGAAUGAUAAACUCCAGCAGCGACUGAAUGAGGAAUGGGCCCAACUACGGUCAUGGGGAGCUCAACACUAUGCCUUUGGGAGGAAUUAUGUCGAUGACGUUCCUCAGGAGAGUAGUAUUUCCCUGUUCGAGCCAACUCAAAAAGAGGAGCUAGAGCAGCAAGCCAAAAGCAUGGUUACACGUUACUGUCAUAAAGAAUCGACAAUAUACCCUCAGAUACUUCGGGAGCUCGGCGAGCUACGACCAUUGCACGGUACCAGUGCUGGCAGGAUAUUCCUCCCUCCAAGUCAACAGGCACCGAGAAGUGCUUCGGUCCAGGAUACAGCUGCAUCAAGUAGUGCCUCAGUUGCUGAGCCACAUGUGCCACGACAAGAAAGGAAGGAACUUCAUGGUGGUCCUUUACCAUAG